CUGUCGUUGUAAAAACCAAAGUGUCAACAAAUUAUACCUAUUUUGGAUAACACAAAAAUAUUGGUGUAGACGAAAAAGUCAUGAUGCUUUCAAAUCGAGAUCUUUCAAAAACGAUUACAAAAAACUACUGGUUCUUGCUGAUAAUUGUAACUGUACUUUUCUUUGGCACUUCUAAUGGAGCAAAGAAUCAAACCAACAUUAAGAAUACUUCUACUGAGAUUGAAGUGCAAAACAGUACUGAACUCGAAACUAGUAGUACUGAAUUGGAAGUGAAAGAAGAGCCCUAUACAAGUGUGUGGACAAUGAUGUAUGACUGGUGGAAUUGGAUGAUUGGUGGUUAUGCUCAGACAAAGAAUGCCGUUGGAGAACCUCGAACAUUCGGUGCAAUCAGACGUCUUCAAUUGGUUAUGAUUCCACUUGUUUUCAAAUUUGGAAUUGUCUUUGCGAUGGUGACGGCUCUCGUCUUCCUAGCCAUGAAAACUGUCUUAUUAUUGAAAUUACUACUCCUCAUGAAUGCUGCUGCUAUUUUUGCCAAAAUUUUACUUUAUAAAACUGAAAACCAUUAUCAACCACCACCUCCAUGGGUUGGUUAUAGUGGUGGUUGGGGUUAUCCACCAGUAUUACCAUCUUUCCAUGGAGAAUCACCUUUGAAUAAAGAAGUUCAUCUACAUAUUCAUGGUAGUAAUUUGGCACAUCAACCUUGGGAACGAUCAGACAUUAGUGGAUACAGUGCACCGAAUGGACUUAACGCAGAUGCAACGAAUGAACUGAAUAAUAGAGGUCCAUUGCCUUAUUUAAGAUCAUCACAAACUCAACCAAAUGCAUAUUAUGUGAAUGGAAGUGGAUAGAAAUAUAAUCUACAAAGGAACGUAGGCAGAGUUAAUUUAAAAUAUAAGCAAAACAAAAGGCCAAAAAAUUAUUUCACACCGAAGUUGAAUAUACUAACUUUUUAUGUAAAUACACUAUUAACUUUAUAACAUUUAUU